CACACACGGUUCCCACAGCUCUUACGGCUCCCAGCGAUCCGACGGGCAGAGCUGAAGCCCUGCUCCUCUCGUCCUGUCUCUCUCUCAUGCAUAUUUGAUUUGCCUGAUGGAAGUUUGUUUUCUAAAGACGUUCUUUGGAGAGAGCCAUAUGAUGGCCUAACGCAAUUACCAAGAUACCACUAAGGGCAGAGCAGGAUGAGGGUUGAUAUCGUCUUCGCUCUGUCUCUUGUCUUCGGACUCGUGAAAUGUGAGGGUGCGACUCUUCCGGGUAAACCGGUUGUGGAGAGCUGCCGGUCUCCAGAGAAAGAGACGUUCAGCUGCAAGUGGAGGCCUGGGACUGACGGAGGCCUGCCCACCACACACCGCCUCUUCUACACCAAAGAGAACUCGGAGGGGACCUUUGAAUGUCCGGACUACCGGUCGGCCGGGGAGCACUCGUGUUUCUUCGACCGGAUCCACACGUCGGUGUGGGUGAGCUACUGGGUGAGGGUGCUGGCCUCCAACGCCCUGGGGAACACCAGCUCAGACACCCUGGAGGUGGACGUGGAGAACAUCGUGCAGCCCGGCCCCCCUGAGAACGUGAGCCUGGUGCUGGAGGUGCUGGAGGGGACCCCCUACCUCCACGUGGAGUGGCGCCCCCCUGCCGAGACCGAUGUUAGUUCCGGAUGGGUCACCGUCAACUACCAACUCAGGGUGAAGGCGGCCGGACAGAUGGACUGGGAGGAGUACGUUGCGGGGAAGCAGAGCCACUUCAACAUCCACAGCCUGCACUCCGGGGAGCGCUACGAGGUGCAGGUCCGCUGCCGAUUGGACCACGGCCACUGGAGCAUCUGGAGCCCCGCCUCCUCCCUCAUCCUGCCCCACUAUGCUCUGAAGCAGCGCCUGCUGUGGAGUGUGACCAGCGUGGUGUCGGUGCUCCUGAUCACCGCCGUGUUGUGCCUGCUCAUCAUGAAGAGGAAGACGGUGAAGGGGUGGCUCCUGCCUCCGAUUCCUGGACCCAAGAUCCAAGGGUUCGUCUCCCAGCCGCUCCAGGGCCGGUGUUCUGGGGACUUCCUGUACGGCCUGGUCCCCCAGGGGUUCCCCCCGACGCUGGCCCUCAGGGACCCCCCCGAGGAGCACCUGGUGGUGUGUGACGGGCGGGAGGGCCGGGCCCCCGACGGGCAGAAGUCCCCCGUCAGGAGCCGGAUCCUCCCGGGGUUCUACCGGCUGCCCCGACUCGGCUGGGAGGGAGACCCCGCCCCCGAGGGAGACCCCGCCCCCGAGGGAGGCUCCGCCCCCGGCCUUGCUCAUGGGCCCCUGGCGGUGGAGGGCGGAGCCUCGCCGGGCCUCGGGGACUCCGCCGAGGAGGAGUACAGCAGGGUGAGCCGGGUCCGGGACAACGUGGUAGUCCUGGAGCACCAGCCCCCCCUGGACCCCUCCCCCCAGCCCCCCCGGGACCCCAAGCAGAGGGCCGCCUGGGGGGCCCUGGAGGGCGGAUACGUCGACCCAUCGCAGCCCUGA